UCAGCUGUUUUAUUAAACGUCAAUCGGUGUAUUAGGAAGAAAGCUCAUAAACAGCACAUAAUUAAAUUUACUGAAAUUGAAAUAUAAAUCACUACCAAUUAUAACAAUUAACUUAAAAAUGGCAACGUUAGAGGAUAAAUUGAUGGGAGAAAAAUUAGAGUAUUAUUGUAGCAGUAGCGAAGGAGAAGACAAUGGUGACGGUGAUGAUGAGACCUGUGGAAGAGGUUCUAGCGGUAGUAAACAAGGAGCUGCUGGUUACACGGACCCGAAUGUUUGUCCCCCAACACCCGCUGAGGGGUAUCGUUCUCAAGUCUCUACGAACACUGGUCCUAAAGGUGUGGUGCAGGAUUGGCAACGUUUUAAACAACUUCAAGCAGAAAAACGCGAAGAGUCUGAACGUCAGCGUAUAGAACUGGCCAAAAAGCUUACAAUGGCCACAGCAACUGCCAAGGAAGAAGAAGAACGGAAGCGCCAAGAAGAAAUUGAUACUGAAUUAGAUGAACUCAUGAGUGAAGACUUUUUACAACAAUAUCAAAAGCAACGAAUGGCUGAGAUGCUCCGGCAAUGCGGUCAUAUAAAGCAAUUUGGGAAAGUUAUCAACUUAACAACGCACGAAGAAUUUUUAGACUUCGUUGAAAAAGAAAACAAACACACCACCGUUAUUAUACAUAUUUACGAUAAGAAUGUGAGCGCUUGUUCUACUCUGAAUCGUUGUCUUGAUACGCUUGCAACUGAGUAUUCGUUCAUAAAGUUUGGUAAGAUAUGUAGUUCUGUUGCUGGAAUGAGUCGAGACUUCCGUUCCAAGGGGCUGCCAGCUUUACUAGUCUAUAAAGCACAGGCAUUGAUCGGAAAUUUCGUGCGGGUCACAGAUGACUUAUCAGAUGAUUUCUUCCCAUCGGAUGUUGAAAGCUUUUUAAUCGAGAACGGCAUAGUGGUAGACAAAACGUUGUAUAAUUAAGAAAAAAUCUUAACUUGUACGAUAUGCCAGAUAUUUGCUAUUCGUAGUACAAUGUACGGUUGCCAGAAUGAUACAACUAUUUGUAUAUGACCCAUCAGACUACCCAACAAACAUUUAGGUUAGAGAGCGAUUAGAAUGCGAUUCGAAUUCGAAAGUGUUUUUCUAAAGUAGAAGGUUAGAUUACAGAAAUUGUUGAGAACUUUAGCAUUCUCUACAAAAAGGGGACUUAGUUCUCGAUAGGUUAGAUAUCGAAUCGUAUUCUAACGUUGAAUUCUAAUUGGUUUUCAAUGUCUAGUGCCUAGUGUUUUUCGUAUCAUUCUCUAACCUAGUUCUAAGAUAGUACUCUAACCUGGCAUGAAUCACGUAACUUUGCAACGAUAGUCGUUCAAACGAUGCUGACAAAACGAUUUCGUCAAAACACUGAUUCAUAUAUUUGUGUUGCAGUUACGUGUUACGUGAAGCAAAAUUAGAAUCGUGUUGAUAACGAACAAACAAGUUUUAGUUUUCAUGAAGCAAGACAAUCUCGACACG